UGAUACAGACGGAUGAUCUUAAUACUUCGAAACAAGCCAGCUGCGGGAAGCCAGUCACUCCGUCCAACGCUCUUCAAAAGCCUGGGCGCGCAGGCGCGCUGGCGGGUGCGUUGUUUGAUGUGUGCGCGUUUUCAGCCCAAUGCAACCCAGCGAGCACUGCAUAUAUGCACCAAGAGCUGUGGGCUCUGACUUGCUUUUUCUUGCAUCCCCGGCAUGACAUAUGCGAGAGCUGCGGGGUAACAUGGCUGGCAUAUCAGCCACGCGAUGCCAUCACCAGACAAUCGGAACAUAUGCCAAUCCGUUUGCCACUGAUUUGAGAGGUUGUGGACGCCGUGAGAUUUGCGUGCGAUGCUACCGGGUUGAGGCUUUUGUGGUGUAUCUCGAUGUAGACGGGCUGACCUGCAGGGGGAGGGGGGUGUUGGAAUGGGCUUACCCUAACCCCAACCCGCGAGACGUGUGUUACAAGGCACCAUGUGACUAUAAUGUCGUUUGCUUCAACUUCCAUGACUGGAUAUGCUCUACAGUCUGUCCUUGAGCAUCAAGAGACCUGUUGGACAUGAAUCCAUGACGGACGUUGGAUAUAAC